UAAAGAGCAGUUUUAAGUGGUGGUUGCAUAAUAAAUGUGCUUAGUUAACUGUGGAUUUUUGGUGAGUACAAAUUUGAUCAAGAUUAACAGGUGUACAGUUUAAUUCGUUGUAUUCUGCUCUUUAUAGAUAUCCUCAUAUCGUCAGAAUAAUCUGCAGCGGCAGAAGAUGUCUUAUUCAACUGUUGAAAGAGGCCGUCCAAAUUCGCUUGACUACAAGGUUUAUUUUCGUAAUGAAUUUAGCCCAAUAUCGCCAUUUCAUGACAUUCCAAUAUUUGCUGACAAAGAAAACAAAAUUUACAAUAUGGUUGUUGAGGUACCACGAUGGACUAAUGCUAAAAUGGAGAUCAGUACUAAGGAGCCUCUGAAUCCUAUUUGCCAGGAUGUUAAAAAAGGAAAAUUGCGCUUUGUCCAUAACUGUUUUCCACAUCAUGGGUAUAUCUGGAAUUAUGGGGCCAUUCCUCAGACUUGGGAAAACCCCAAUAAAGUUGAUUUAUCAACUGGCUGUAAGGGAGACAAUGAUCCAAUUGAUGUUUGUGAGAUUGGAUACAGGAUAGCAAAUCGAGGACAAGUCAUACAAGUUAAGGUUCUUGGAACCAUGGCACUUGUUGAUGAAGGUAGGAAUUUAUUAUCAUUAGAUUUAUUU